AUGAGCAUAAUAAUCAUUAGGCGCGGCAUCCCAGAGGUGUUUAGGGGCACUGUUUCUGAAGACGUUACUACUGCCAAAGAAUUCCUUGUUGAGAUUGAGAAGUGCUUUGCAAAAGCGAUAAGGCGGAGGCAGUACUCUUCUUCAGAACUUGAUCUCCAUGAAUAUCAAGGCAAAGGAAAUAUCAGGGAAUAUAUUAUGAGCAUGUCUAAUAUUGUCUUCAAACUCAAGGCAUUAAAGCUUGAAAUCUCAGAAAAUUUGCUCAUUCAUUUGGUGUUGAUUUCUCUUCCUGCACAGUUUAAUCAGUUUAAAGUAUAUUAUAACUGUCAAAAGGAUAAAUGGUCUCUUAUGAGCUCAUUUCAUAUUGUGUGCAAGAAGAGGAAAGACAGAAGCAAGACAAGACAGAAGUGA